GGAAUGCAGACACUCGUCCACCGGAAAGUUGGAUUCACUGUUUUUCGAGACCAAGAGAGGAAUAUUAGAUUCAAUGUUUCAUGCGUGUCUCGCAAAGAAUUUAGGGCCUAGAUCACAUUCGGCUCCUGCAAAAGCUGUGCAGAGAUAUCUCGGUGCGUGCAGUUGGUGAAGAGGAGAUGAAAUCAGAGACGGUGACUUUGGUGCUGGUGAACCUUGCUGGGAUAAUGGAGAGAGCUGACGAAUCGUUGCUGCCGGGUGUCUACAAGGAGGUUGGUGCAGCGCUUCACACCGACCCGACCGGACUGGGUUCCCUCACCCUAUUCCGCUCCAUUGUUCAGUCCUCUUGCUAUCCUUUAGCCGCCUACCUUGCGUCGCGGCAUAAUCGGGCACACGUUAUCGCAGUCGGUGCUUUUCUAUGGGCCGCUGCUACUUUCCUCGUUGCCUUCUCCUCCACUUUCUUUCAGGUUGCUGUAUCACGAGCAUUAAAUGGUAUUGGCCUGGCACUGGUUGCACCUGCAAUUCAAUCCCUUGUUGCUGACUCAACUGAUGAUUGCAAUCGUGGCAUGGCUUUUGGAUGGCUUCAACUCACAAGCAAUCUUGGUUCUAUUGUUGGUGGCCUCUUUUCCGUGUUGAUAGCUCCUAUUACAUUCAUGGGAAUCCCUGGUUGGAGAGUUUCCUUUCAUAUUGUUGGAGUAAUAAGUGUUAUAGUGGGUACUUUAGUAUACUUCUUUGCCAAAGAUCCACAUUUCUCAGGUUACAGCACAAGUGCUUGUAACCGAAUUCCAAAUAGAACAUUAUGGUCAGAAGUAAAAGAGUUAGCUCAAGAAGUCAAGUCAGUUUUGAAGAUUUCAUCAUUCCAGAUAAUUGUUGCCCAGGGCGUCACUGGCUCCUUCCCGUGGUCAGCAUUGUCAUUUGCACCAAUGUGGCUUGAGCUCACUGGCUUCUCCCACAACAAAACAGCAUUCCUCAUAGCUUUGUUUGUGAUUGGCAAUUCGGCUGGAGGUUUAUUCGGGGGUAAGACUGGGGAUAUCCUUUCAACACGAUUUCCAAAUUCUGGGAGAAUAAUUCUGGCGCAGAUAAGCUCUGCAUCAGCAAUCCCCCUUACAGCAAUACUAUUGUUGGGUUUACCGCAUGAUCCAUCAACAACAAUGCUACAUGGGUUGGUCCUCAUCAUUGUGGGAUUCUUCAUCUCUUGGAAUGCUCCUGCUACCAACAAUCCAAUAUUUGCAGAGAUUGUUCCUGAGAGAGCUCGAACGAGUGUAUAUGCUUUGGACCGAUCUUUUGAGUCAUUGCUGUCAUCUUUUGCUCCGCCUUCAGUUGGACUUUUGGCUCAGCAUGUGUAUGGAUACAAACCAAUUCCCCUGGGGUCUACUGUAUCUGAAGAGAUUUUGACGGAUAGAAAGAAUGCCGCAUUUGCUAAGGCGCUAUAUACUGCAAUAGGUAUUCCAAUGGCAAUCUGCUGUUUGAUCUACUCAUUCCUUUAUGGGGCCUAUCCAAGAGACAGGGAAAGAGCUCGGAUGGUAGCUUUAAUUGAAUCAGAGAUGCAGCAGAUGGAGUCAGAUGGUUUAAGCACCAAUAGAGAUUUCCUCUCAAAAGCUCAUUCUUCCGGGUCUGAAGAAAUGUUUGUUCAUGAUUAUGCUGGGGACACCAUAGAUGUUGAUGAUGAAGAUAAUGUUCUGCUGUACCGUGGCAUUUGACUUUCUCCAAUUUAGAUGAUUAGUUUUGAUUCAGCACUUUCUGCAAUAUCGACUGGGGAAUUUUUCGAAACUGCACAAGGUUUAAACUUUUCCCGUGAUGCAUCACCCGCUGAUUCCACUUGGUGAGUUCGGUGAUAAAUUUGUACAUCAAGUUGAAGAGAUAACCUCCUGCACCUAAGCCUCAUGUGAACGACUCAAGCCUCUUAACAGUGGUAAUUACAAUAUUCUAAAGAUACAAUUCAGCCGUGGCCAGGGAGUUUUUAGGACUAUUUUCCCUUCAAAGAUUUUUUUUUUUUAAUCAUCAGAGGUACAGACCGGCAAUUUGCCCAAGUCAGCUAUCAGUCGAGGGAUCAAAGACUUGGGACGGUCAAACUCAGCAGUCCUGAUAACAGGAGAUGAGAUAACGUCUCAUCCUUUCAGAGAUUACAUUGAAGAGGCUCAAAUAUCGAUAGAUGCGAGCAACGGGGUGCCCAUCAAUUUAAUGUACAGGGAAGAAUAAGUGUGCCAAUGCAAUCGCUAGAUUUGUUUUAUUCUAAUCAGUGAUGUGCCUGAGAUUUGUAGUAGAUAUAGAGUUGGAUGAAUUACCAACGUUUCAAUUGAGCUUUGUAUUUUGAUUGAUUGUAAUGACAAAACGUACAGAACGACAGAAAUGCACAUAAUGCAGGUGAAGACGAAGUAUG